AUGGAUGGGCUAAGCCAUAUCGGACUCCCUGUUCUUGGGAUUGUCGCAGUCGCAGUCGUCACUUUCUACGCCGUUAGCUUCGCCGAGAUCAGAGAGAAAUCGUUUAAAGAUUUGUAUGACUCGGAGAAUGGAGACGGAGCUGGGUUCAAGACUUCACUUAGUUCCAGAGAAAGAAGAUUGAAAAGAGAAGCAAAUAAAAAACGUCCUCGAUCUUGA